UUUAAUGCUGCGUUCCAUAUUCUGAUCAUACUCCUAUUUGAUAUCUCCAACUUUUGACCACAAAGGUAUUCUGUGACUUGAUUCUCAAAAGCUGAUGUGUAUAGAAAUAAAAUAGCAAUGCUACCAGAAGCUUUACAAAUCAACAAAAAGUGUCCUGACAUCACAUGUUCAGCUAUACUAACAUUUACUCUACAAAUACACUAUUAUCAUUAGAGAGGAUUACCAUGUUUUACAAAACCAAAUGUUUGCUUUUAUUAGCAUUAAAUGUUGGACAUUUGAGUCACUGAAGCAAUUUAUUUGCAUGAAAUGAAGUUAUUUGGUAUAUAGUAAAUAUACUAGAGAUGCACCAAUGAACCAGCCGAUAAUUGGUAUCGGCCGAUAAAAGCAGGCUCUAUUUGACCGUAUAAAUCUCCCAUAGCUCAAGCCAGGGUUGCAGGUUUUUUACCUUCAUUAUCCUGAUUUUCCUUAAGAAAAUCAAACUAUCGGUAUCAGUAUCAGCAGAUAUCGUUCUGAAUCAUUGGAUCAAUCAUUGGAUCGGUGCAUAUCUCUCUCUCUCUAGUAUAUAUAUAGACUUUGAGUAAGUAAAAUGUAUUAUAUAGCACAUAUAAAUACAGAAAAGCUGACCAAAUUGAUGAACAGAAGAAAUAACUAAUAAUAUUCCUUAUGUUACAUGAAAAACUGACCAGAACCUGACCCCCCAAAAAAUCAUCUGUUUGCAAGUUCUGUUGGGCUCGGAGUGGAAAAGAGACCUCUGAUUCUAGUUCAGAGCUGGCAGAGCAGUUUCUGAAAAACUACCAGAUAGUAUAAAGUUUAAUGGUGUUAUUUUGUGUUAUUUUGGUGUUAGCCAAAGGAUGAACAUCCUCAGCUUGAUUCUGCACUUCCUCCAACUCUUAAAUCUAUCUUAGGGGUUUAUAAUCCCCACUUCUGCCCAGGAGUCAAGAGUAUUAACACACUGUUCCAAAGGUUUGGAACAGUUUAUAUUGUGAAAAAUGCUGUUAAACCACAAUAAGAUCUAAUCAAAUGUUAUUGCUUCAGCCAUACAGUGAACAACUGUGGCUGGAUUUCAAAAGAAAGGGUGUGCCGAAUGUUCCAACAUGCAGAAUAGAGUGUGUAAGUUGAUAUAUACAGUAGAUGUUGUUUACUGCAUCGUGCCUCCUAUAGAGAGCACACAGACAUCCCGCUGGGCCACGAGGCUCUGGAAUAUUCCAUAAGCGUGACUGCUCCCUUUCCAUUCGCUCACCGAGAAACAGAAGCCCCAGUCAUGCUGGGAAUUCUCCACGGAGAGUCGGCUUUUAUCCGGAAUGAUCUGGAAUUAUCCCCAUAGGGUUCGUAAUGCCUGGCACACAGCAACUUCCUGGCUGUCAAUUUUCACCGCCUGCGUUCUGCCACAGCCAGGGGAAGGAUGGACACCUUCAGUCUCGAAUUUAAUUAAGACCUCGCUGAACAUGUCCUGCUGUGCUGGCAAAUUCAUGCCAGAACUAAAAAAAUCUAAUGCAAGCACAGACAAAAUAAAGAACAACUUGACCCACUUCGAUUAAAUAGUCUGUAGUUUAACCUUCUGUACUUGAAUUCUCUCUAUAUAAGACAACUACUGCAACUACAAAGUCUACCAGUUUAAUUAGCAAAGAGUCAUCUAUCUAUCUAUCAAGCAAACAUUCAAAGUGUGUCUUCUUGAUAGACAUUCAAAUCAGAAUUUCAAUUCAAGUUCCUGUUUACGAACUCAUUUUUAUUUCAAAUUAAAUUCAAAAUGAUUCACAACCCUGAGGAACAUUGUAAAAAAAAAAUUAGAUUAAUGUAUAUUCUAGCUAAAAAACAUCUGCUGCAUAUUCCACAUGAGCAAAUACUAAAAAUGACAUCUUCCAAAUGAAAAUUAAUGCACAUCUGGUCAACAUACUUGUGCUAUCAGGGAAGUGUCUCAUUAACUCAAUUGCUUGUAUUGUUAGUCAUUUAUAUGAAUUAAUCACUUGCUCUCUCACUUCUGUUCAGGUGUGGUACAUGGACGGUUACCAUAACAACCGCUUUGUACGGGAGUACAAGUCUUUGGCGGACUUCAUGACGUCAGAUAACUUCACGUCUCACCGGCUCCCGCACCCUUGGUCCGGGACGGGUCAGGUGGUCUACAACGGCUCUAUCUAUUUUAACAAGUUCCAGAGUAACAUGAUCAUCAAGUUUGACUUCAAGACCUCCACCAUUAGUAAGUCUCAACGUCUGGACAACGCAGGCUACAGCAACACCUACCAUUACGCCUGGGGAGGACACUCCGACAUCGACCUCAUGGUGGACGAGGGCGGGCUCUGGGCCGUGUACGCCACCAAUCAGAACGCGGGGAACAUCGUCAUCAGCAAGCUCCACCCGCUGACCCUGCACAUCAUCCAGAGCUGGACAACCAAUCACCCGAGGCGCAGUGCCGGGGAGUCGUUUAUGAUUUGCGGGACGCUGUACGUGACCAACGGCUACUCGGGAGGGACGAAAGUCUACUAUGCCUACCACACCAACUCCUCAACGUACGAGUACAUCGAUAUCGUUCUGCAGAAUAAGUACUCGCAUAUAUCCAUGCUGGACUAUAACCCACGAGAUCGUGCACUAUACGCCUGGAAUAACGGACAUCAGGUCCUCUACAACGUUACUCUUUUCCACGUCAUCCGCUCGGAGCAGCUGUAACCAUGGAGGAUUUAGUUUGGAGAAUCUGAAAGGAACAUAAAACUGAACCUAAGACAAUCCUUUGGAAUGUUCUUCAACAGUUACAACACUGCAAAAAAAAUGAUGUUCUUCCUCAGUAUUUUUGUCUCGUUUGCCAGUAUAAAUAUCUAAACACUCUUAAAUCAAAACAUAUUUACUGGAGAUGCAAAAUGAAUGCAACAUGAAUUCAAAAUUAAAUAUUCGGCAUGACGCAAGGAAUCCAUAGACGCCAUGAUUUUCUGACAAACUCUUCAAAAGUUAUGAGCAAAAAUAUCCAAUUUUUUUAGAUCUGUAGGUGGCGCUGUUCCCAAAUUUGGCAUGGACCCUCAGAUCAAGGAUCCGAUGAAGUGUACCAAUUUUCAUUUCGAUUGCUCAAAGUUUGCCUGAGAUACAGACUCUGAACCAAUUUCGAACUCGUUGAGUAAGCAACAUCGUUACUUUUGAACAAAGAUGAAUAAAAAAAUCUGUUCAGUCAUUCAUACAGAAGAAGAAGAAUAAUACUGAGUAAAGAAAACAAGACUUCUUCUUUUGUGUCAUUUUGCAUCUGAAGUAAAAGUAUCUUGACAUAAGAAUGUUUAGAUAUUUGAACACAAAACAAGACAAAAAUACCAAGUAAGAAUAUAUUUUUUUGCAGUGAAAAAAUGCUAUGCUGAAUGAAAACUGAACCAUUUAAAGAACAAUAGACAUGUGAAUGGAAAAUAAAAAACAAAAUAAUGAACAGAUGCCAAAAAAAUGAAAUAAAUAAAGCCACGCCUUUCUUUUUUUACACACACAAAAUAAAAACUUUUCUUUCUAGGACACUGGUCAGAGGUUUUCCAGUAGCACUAAAAAGACAUUUGUCCAUGCUUUUCUGCACACUGAAAUAUGGAGAACAUUGGGAUUAUCAACGGAAUAGUAGCCCAUGUGGACUACUCAAACCUUUCCUCAUAAACAGAGUGUGUGCAGGAAAACCGAUGGUGCUUCACUCGGCAAACUAACUCGGUCAGCUACCAGUCUGUGCAAUAUCAUAAGUCCAACUUGUGUGCUUUGCAGAGUUCAUUUCUUUAGAUAAUUCAGAAAAAAACAUGAUUGGCUGAAGGCGCUGACUGUUGAAAGCUCUGUUGUCGUUCAAAGGACUCUCGUGAGAUUUUACUUGAACUUCUCUGCGAUCAAGUUCCCUAAAUGUGGACCAUAUCAUGAUAUUUUAUAAUGACCUACAUGUAUGUAGCACCUGAGAACAGACCAAAGCGUGCUAUUAAAGUCAACAUGAACUCAAAAUUCACCCUCUUUACUGUCUUAUCACGCUUUCUUAACCCUCUGGAGUCUGAGGGGGAUUUUGCGCCCUGGAGGUGUUCUGACAUGCCUUGACAUUUGUGCUUAUUUCAGUUACUUAUAACAUUUUAAUGGCUAAAGUCUGUAUUCAGCACAAACUCUGCUACAACAAUAGCAUGUAUGUAAAAGUUUGUCUUUUUGAGAAAAUGACAUUUAAGCGUGGUUAGUGAAAAAACUAUUUUUAAAGUCACUGAAAUAAGCACAAUUGUUGUACCUUUUAUCAAAAAAUCUCUAAAACAACCUUCCUUUUCGGAUGACAUCACCAAGAACUCUUAUUUUUCACCCCCUCCCCCCAAUUGUCCAUUUUUUUGGGAUAAAAAUCAAGUCUCGUCCUGCAUUUUUUUUUCCAAUGAAUAUCCUGUUAAUCACAGAAACGCAUCACGUCAGUAAAAUGGGUUGCGAACAUCAUUUCAUGUUGACUUUAAACCUCCUCUGGUGAGAACAUCACCAUUCAGGCUACCGAUACACACUUUGUUGUGCUUGUAAAUGGAUGUCAGCUACAUCUGCAUCAUGGUUGCUAUAAUUCACCAACUCCAUGUAACAGAUGUGCAGUUUUUACUAGCAGAUGGUUCAGGUACAAUCUUACUCCGAAUUAGUCUCUGUGCUGGUGAAUUCUUGUAAAAUGAUUUCUUUAGUUUUGCAUGAGCAGUUUCUACAUGCCCAGAUGUGCUUAAAGGAAUGUUUACCUAUAUGAUGGGUUGGGGUUGGUUAUAAUCUUUAGAAACCUGGGAAUUAAAAAAAAAAAAAAAUGCUUGUUUCUAUCUGGUUUGUUUCGAGUGGCUUGUUUCUUAACACCCAUUCUUGAUUUUUGUAGAUUUACAGUUUGAUGUUUUUUGUAAUAUAGUACCGUCUGCUUGGGUGAUGCUUCAGUGUCUUUGUUUUAGUUUAAAGGUGUUAGAAAGCCACAUUUCUGUCACAAAAACUCAAAAAAGAUCGAUAUCAGAAUGUAAGAUGUCACUUUAGAAGACAUCUAAAAUAUGAAUAUGAAACUAUGACGUCAUUGAGCAGUCUAUUAUGUAAUGUAAACAUUUGAACAAGGUCUUAUAAAGAAUUCGCUGAACCUAAUUCCAGUUUUCUUUAUGCGCUUAGCUGGAUGUGUGUUGUACCCACAAUACGAUGAUUCUUAUCAAUAAAAGAGGAUUUAUAUCCUGAUGUCAUUCUG